GAAAAGGGCUGGGGCAGGCCUUUUCCUCUCAAGUCCCGGAGGGACUCAUAUUCAUGGCAUCCUCCAGUUUGGGUUCAAAGUAACCAACAAUGAGGUUGAGUAUGAAGCUCUACUUGCCAAAUUGCGGUUGGCAAGAGAAAUGGGAUCAACUGCGAUUAGCAUCCACAGCGACUCCAUGCUGGUUGUCAACCAGAUUUUAGGGGAAUAUCAGGCUAAGGAAGAAAAUAUGAUCAGUUAUUUGAAGAAACCUAAGGUCGUACUCGAGCCAUUCAAGCAAUUUAUGAUCACGCAGAUUCCCAGAGAUAACAUUUAUGUGGUAGAUGCCUUGGCAAAGAUAACCUUGUCGUUGGACUCAGAUGCACCAAAGAGCAUUCUUGUUCGGUUCAUAGAGGCCCUUAGUAUCAACUUGCCUAAACAGGCCGUGAAUUUCACUGAGUCAGUUUCCUAG